AUGGGGGGUCUUGAUCCUGCGUUCCUGUCGCUCCUCCUUCAUGGUCCGGCCAGGGGUGCAGAAGGUGUGCCGAGGGCUCCUCCAUUAGUAUUCACAGGUGGCUGGGUAAUCCUAGCCCUGGCUUCAUCUUCGAGUAGCGAGGCCACGUCACCCAGCACCUCCGCUGAGGCCCGAAGGGUGACAGGGAAAGCUCCGGCCUCCAGCCCCCCGCCUGGGGCAGGCGGGCCACCUCAAGCUUCCCCAAUAACUCCCGACGCGAAGGACGGGCUUGGCCACACGCUGGAGCUCGCGCGCGGGAGUGGUGCUGUACGCCACGAGCUUUUUCAGGAGGCAAUGGGCGUGCUGAGCCGGCUCGGAGAAGAACUUGCCGACGUCGACGCCCGCCUUGAGUCAGAGGACCUUCGGCUGGCACACGAGUGGCACCAGUUGAAGGUUUCCAUCAACCUUGGGCUUCUUCAGCAUGAGCGCGCCGGCACGAAGGCCGCGGUCUCCCUCGUGACCUCACGCGAGGCUUGCGCCCCGGCCUUAGAGGAGGCCAGGGCAGCCGACCAACGCCGUCAGGCUGCCGAGGGGCAUGAGCGGGAACUCCAGGCCUUGAACGCUACCCUUGAGCAGUGGAUUGAGGUGCCCAGGGCCGUCUUCGCGUCAAUGAGGGGGGCACCCUCCGAAGAGAAGGAGGCCCAGAAAUGCGCGGAGGCGCUGGUGCUGGAGUCCUUGGAGCACAGCCUGGAGCUUGAGCGGCUGGAGGUGAGGGAGCGCCAGGUGGCCAUGGCUGAGGACGCCUUCACCGCUCGGGAAGCCAAGAUCCAGGAGGAGGUUGAUCGGAGGGUGGCGAAGGCUCGCACAGAUCUUGACGACGAGCACCGCCUGAAGCUGGAGCUCGUGGAGGCCGAGGUUAAGGGCAGGACUACCGCCCUUAAGACAAAGUUGAACGAGGCGGAGCAACGCGAGAGGGCCGCCAAGGCAUCUCAGGCCUCCGCCCAGGAGAACUUGGCCUCCACACGCGCCGACUUGCUCUCACUCCAGCAGCAGAUCAACGAUGCUGCGUCCCUCACGAAGAAGAAUGCGGACGAGGCAUGCCGUCAGCAGACGCUGCAGCGCGAGCACACUUCUAUGCUCCAGGCCCUCAGGGUGAGAGCCAAUCGAGCCUUGAGCACCAUCUGCAUGGAGAGAGCCCCUCACCCGCGCGAGGAAGAUUACGCUAGCCACCUCCACUUCUUCACCGAGGUCGUGACGCGCCUGGAGGACCAGGCCGUGAGGGCUCGCGAGCUCGUUGAGGAGUGGAGCCGGGGCCUUCUUGGGCAUGCUUUCUCACGCGUCUACAGUCACCUCCCGAGCCUCGAUCCUCAUUUUGACUUCGACGCCGCCAUAGCCCCUUGCCCGGGGUUAUCCAAGACAACCUGUCAAACUGGAUAG